UUUUCUCGUCUCUGCGCUGCCUGGCAGCCUUGCUCCGGGGGAGGACGAAACCCCGAGAGAGGAGGGGGAGGGAGAGCAUUAUUACUAAUGUUAAUAUUUUCAUUUCUGCAUUCGCCCGAAGCAGCCCCAUAGUGUCGGGAAUCUGUCAACAUUGUGCGGUUCAUCUUCGUCGCAAGAUGGCUCGCCCUGGGCCCCUCCGCGCCCGCUCUCCCCGGCUCUGCGUCCCCCGCAGCGGGAUGCCCACCCGCCGUGCCCCUUCUGCGCCCUGCCGAGGGAGAGCGCGGGAGGGAGCCUCCCGCUGCCCCUGUUCUCCCUCCCUCCCACGCCUCAGCAUUUGUCUCCUGGCAACCUCAGGGACACCCGGGAGCCUUUAAGACCCGGGGCGGCCGUUUUAGCAGCGGCCGCUUCUCUGCCUCCGAACAUCCUAAUGGGGGUUCUUGUCCCUGUCAGAGAAAUGGGCCCGGGCGCAGGCAAGUUCGUCGCCGCUACACGGGGCAAUUUGGCUUGGACGCGUGUGCAGGAAGAACAAAUGAACUACUCCAGGGAUGCUUUUUGGCUUUGCAGAAGGAAUCGUUUGCCUAUGAAAGAUAAACAGAGAUGGGAAGCUCAGCUCAAGGUCUCCAGGUGUCAUGGAGAGACAGUUGAGUUUAACAGGCAGAACAAAAAUAGAGCUUGGGUGAGAAAUUGGCCAGAUCGAGUCUCUGUCAUUACACAGUAACCUGGAGGGGAUCAGGAUAAGGCUGUGCAGUAUGCCUCUCCCCCUCAUCAAAGUCCAAGAUGGAAUACACAUUUAAAUGUUCUGACUCUUGUUCAAACCUCUGAUCUCAGCAGCCUCAGACAAUUUUGCUGUAGAGAGAGAGGACUUCCAUGUUGUUGUGCUUCCUCCCUUGAUUGCAAAUAUCAGUCUGUUUGAACUUACAUUUACUGGUGGGCAAGGUGUGAAUUCUCCAAACUAAAUAAUUAAAUUCAGUUCAUGCUUUACUAUCCUGUGGCUAAAAUUCAAGCAUAUAUUAAAAAGUAUUUUUAAAGAAUAAAAUAAAAAUUCUGCCCUUAGAAUAUAUAACUAGUACCCAGACCUAUAUAAUUAUUGUGAGAUAUAAAAGAGUGGCUACAAAAACUUUUUUAGUACCAGGAAUUAUGCAAGGGAUGGACCCCUUUCCCCACUGCCUCUCUCCUGACAUCACCCAUUCCCACCCUGCCCAUUUUUCCUUUCUUGGGCUAAGAAAUUCAUGGAGCUCUGCACCUCUCUUACCACAAAGAACGGGAUUUGGCUGGCUCCUGGAGGAACCGUUUCUCAGCGCUCUUUCUAGCUUGUCAUCCCAGUUGGGAUAGCAAGUGGCACAUGAAGGGAGGGGACUUAGCUGGUGUUGGGAAAGCAAGUGCUGGCUGAGUUGGGUGCCUCUUUUGCAUAGUGCUUGCUGUACUAAUUGGGAUAGUAAGUGGUGUUGGCCAGUGCUUGGUGGCACUGACUGAAUCGGACACCUCCUUUCCACACCAUUUGCCAUUCUGAUCACAUAGUGCAUAAAGGGAAGUAAUUUGAAUCCCUUUCUGUGUGUAGAGAGGCACAGAGGUCUGCCUAUCUUUGCAGAAUGAAAUGUAAAAAUUGGCUGGAAUUGAUUAGGGAAGGGUAGGGCCUGGGAUAGGUUUCUUUAUGGACUGGAUUGGGAAUCUUCACAGGUUGGAGGCUCGCUAUUGCUUAACUACAACAAAUGAAAAAGAAGUUUAUUUUAACUUUAAAUGUAUCCCAAAGUGGUGCUUUAGACCUUGCUGGUUCUUACCACUUGUCUCCUUGUCUUCUGGUAUUUUGAGAUGGCACCCUGGGGAAAAAUUACAUAAGUUUCUUUGUGUAGCACUGAACACAUAGCAAGGAAGAAUGUUAGAUAUAUGUUUCCAGGUGUCCAGGCUUGGGAAUAGAUCAUUGCAGUAAUCCCUUGGUUAGAAAGGUUAAUAUCUUUAGUGAGCAUCUGUUGGCUGACACAGAUAGAGCACUUGCAAGAAAAAUACAUUCACAACUCACUGUACAUUUCUCAUAAAAUUAUGUCAUCACCUUCUGCCAGUGCAAGAUUUGUCUAGAGUACUUUUCUUUCCAUUUCCCAGCUGCCAGACUGGUGUUGAAACUGGGAUCUGUGAGCUUCUUUUCUGCAGUCUUUUAAAAGAACAUGCUGUAUUUCUCAGAUGAAAUCCUCACUUGUGAAUCCAUAAUGGGAAUUAUGCUUAUUUUUCUCCUCUGCUUGCCAUCUAAUGACAGCAAACUAAAAUAUGACUUUCAGUUUUUGCAAAGUGUCACAUAACACAGAUAUGUCCUUUUAUUUCCAGAUGUAGUAGUACGUAGACAAGAUGUUUAUGGAUAAAGAACAGCAGUUAGAAAUUAAACCAGAGGGGAGGGUUAUGUUGGUAGGAUGAAGAGUGAUCUUCCCAAUUUUACUACCAGCCUGAAUUCCCUUUUACAUUAUAUGUGCUUAGAAGUAAUUUUGCUUGCUGUCAUUAAGCUGCCAUAACACUGGCCACAAGAAAUGUCUUCUUUGAUUUCUGGUUGAUUAGUAGAUCCAGCUCACUCCUGGAGAAGGAGGAUGCAGUCCCAGUUUAAAUGUGCUUUCCCAACCCCCAUCUGUAUCUCAGGUUUGCAGUAUCCUUGGGGCAUGAUGUCAUCAGCUGUCAGCCAAACUCCCGACUAGGUCCAAAUGAAGUGUGGUACAACUCCAUUAGCAGAGGAAGGAGAGUAUGUACUUUGCUGUUAGCAUAUAGUAUUAACUGCAAGUGUCAUUUGAGGACUUUGAAUUUCACAAUGAAUGCAUCCCUUUAUUCUCUAUCUCAUAUUAAGAGGAAGCCAGAAAAAAUAUGCAUUCACAAUCACGUGUGUUUCUGUUUCCCAGAUUGCUUAUAACUUGUAAAUAUAACAGAUGCUUAGUAAUUUGUAAAUAAUUUAUUAGAUCAGAAUAAUAAUAAUAACCUAUGUUCCUCACCUUGGUUACACUGAGGGGCAACUUUCUCUGCUUCAGGAAAAGUAUUUUCAUGGACUACUCCAAGACAGGUCUGUAAAGUCCCUUGGAAAUAGAUCACAUUUGCAUCAUAUUAAAAAAGGGAAUGUGUAUCUCUUAUACAGGAGUACAAGAGAAGUUCUUGCAGCCAAUAGAUUAAAAAAAUAAAAUUGAUAGGUUUCACAAAUCCUUAAAAUAUGUGAGACAUUUUCAGUAAUAUGUAUUUUUUGUCCAUUGAAGAAAAUAUAUUUGUCUUGAUUUUCAAAUGAUGCCUUCUUUUACAGGAUUGAAACAAAGUGUAAGGUUUUUAGCUGAGUAACUGUUUAACCAGUAUACCUUUCCCUCUCCUCAGGAUGUGAUCUUUCAUGGUGUUGUGGUGGGAAUCUGUGUUCUAAGUCACCCCAAUGGAUGCAGACAGUGAUGUUGCAUUGGACAUCUUAAUCACAAAUGUAGUUUGUGUCUUCCGAACAAGAUGUCAUUUAAACUUGCGAAAGAUUGCAUUAGAGGGAGCAAAUGUGAUAUACAAACGUGAUGUUGGUAAAGUAUUAAUGAAGCUUAGAAAGCCCAGGAUUACAGCUACAAUUUGGUCCUCAGGGAAAGUAAUUUGCACAGGAGCUACAAGUGAAGAAGAAGCUAAAUUUGGUGCCAGACGAUUAGCCCGUAGUCUGCAGAAACUAGGUUUUCAGGUGAUUUUUACAGAUUUUAAAGUUGUCAAUGUUUUAGCAGUAUGCACCAUGCCUUUUGAAAUCAGAUUGCCAGAAUUCACAAAAAACAACAGACCCCAUGCUAGUUAUGAACCAGAACUUCAUCCUGCAGUGUGCUACAGAAUAAAAUCUCUCAGAGCUACUUUACAGAUUUUUUCAACAGGAAGUAUCACAGUUACAGGGCCAAAUGUAAAGGCUGUUGCCACUGCAGUGGAACAGAUCUAUCCAUUUGUGUUUGAAAGCAGGAAAGAAAUUUUAUAACUUGCCACUUCACGGUUAGGUGAACUAACCAAGCACCUUUUAUAAGACUGCUGUACAUUGGACUAAAAGCAAAGAAGAAGGUGGGGGGGGGAAAAAGGACAACUGGACCAACACAGCUGAGGAGGUGCAGAUUUUGGCCACAGUGAUAAACUCCAGUACCUUUUGGAUUUUAUUUUGAACAAUGCUGUAUUGUAAAAACAAAAGUUUACAAGAUAUGAAAUUGCUGCUUUUUACAAGACAUUCUAUUUAUUUCUGCAGUAAUUUCUGUGUGUUCGUAAGCAGAAUUGUCAUGAUAUGCACUAACUUUGGAAAUACUUCUUUAGGUUGAGCUUGUGUUUUUAUUUGUGAAUAGUCUUUUACAUUUUGUAUGCUGACUGUUGGGCACCAAAGAAGCUGUAGACGUUACCUUUUUCACCUGACAAACGUGCACAAAUAAAAAGUCUGCAACACCUUUCUUCA